GUUUCUAAGUUAACCCAUGUGCCAUCUCUGUCAGUACUAUAAAUGAAUGUCUAAGUCCAGGGUCCAGAUACUCAGAACAGAACAACUGGGAAAAUUCAAUUUUUUCCAAUCAGUUCUUGGGUUUUGAUCAGAGAGUAGUGACUUGGGAGAAAUAUGGAAGGAGAGGGUGAAAUUAGCUGCAUACAAGGAAAUGUCUGUCAUAGAGUUGUUCUGAUUUCUGCUGGUGCUAGUCAUUCUGUUGCUCUCCUUGCUGGAAAUGUUGUAUGCUCUUGGGGACGAGGAGAGGACGGACAACUGGGGCAUGGGGAUGCUGAAGAUCGAAUUUCUCCUACUCGAUUGAGCACCUUAGAUGGUCAGGAAAUAGUAUCUGUGAGCUGUGGAGCAGAUCACUCAACUGCUUAUUCCGAGUUGAGUAGGCAAGUGUACAGUUGGGGAUGGGGUGAUUUUGGGAGACUAGGUCAUGGAAACUCUAGUGAUGUUUUUAUUCCUCAACCGAUAAAAGCAUUAUAUGGUAUGCGCAUAAAACAAAUUGCUUGCGGAGACAGCCAUUGUUUGGCUGUGUCCAUGGAAGGCGAGGUGCAUAGCUGGGGACGAAAUCAAAAUGGUCAGUUAGGUCUAGGCACCAUAGAGGAUUCUCUUGUGCCCCAAAAAGUUCAAGCUUUCCAGGGCAUAGCUGUCAGAAUGGUUGCUGCUGGUGCUGAACAUACAGUCGCUAUCACGGAAGAUGGAGACCUUUAUGGCUGGGGAUGGGGACGUUAUGGAAAUUUGGGGUUGGGUGACCGAAACGAUCGUUUAGUUCCGGAGAAAGUUUCAAAUGUUGACGAUGAGGAGAUGGUUCUGAUUGCCUGUGGAUGGCGGCAUACAAUAUCUGUCUCCUCUUCUGGUGGUUUAUACACUUAUGGAUGGAGCAAAUAUGGGCAACUAGGACAUGGGGAUUUUGAAGACCAUCUCAUCCCUCAUAAGCUUCACGCCUUGCAGGGAGAAGUUGUUUCCCAGAUAUCAGGUGGUUGGAGACACACAAUGGCACUGACAUCUAAUGGAAAACUCUAUGGUUGGGGAUGGAAUAAGUUCGGACAAGUUGGGGUUGGUGAUAAUCUGGAUCAUUGCUUUCCGAUGCCUGUAAAUUUUCCACAUGAGGAGAAAGUAGUUCAGAUCUCAUGUGGGUGGAGGCACACUCUUGCUGUCACUGAAAAACAGAACAUAUAUUCAUGGGGAAGAGGAACAAAUGGACAGCUGGGACACCAGGAGUCUAUAGACAGAAACAUUCCAAAGAUCAUAGAGGCGUUAAGCGUAGAUGGGUUGAACGGACAACUGAUCGAAUCCUCAAACAUUGAUCCAUUAAUAGGGAAAAUUUCAGUCUUGCCAUCAACUAGAUAUGCAGUUGUUCCAGAUGAUAAGAAAGUUCAUGGACAAACAGUUUCGUUAGUAGAGAGCAUUACAAGUGAUGUAAGUGUCCCAGAAGGUGAUGUGAAAAGGAUUCGUUUAUGAAGUUCUUGGUCUUGUGCACAAAUCCUUUCACGCAGAACUGUAAUAUACUAUGAAUAAACUAAAUUGUGUGAAAUAGUCAGGUAUGUGUAAUGUGUAUGGUUGUUAUAUGUAUGUUGUACUAAAUUAUAUCAACUUACUGUCACUAAAAAGUUCUAGCUAUAUAUGCCCCCAGACUCCGGAGUUUAGACUCUGGAAAAUCUUGAAUACUUUGGUUUGUGACGAUUGUAGAAAGUUGAACUUGGUUGUAGAAAUGCUAAAACCUACAUUUGCUUGUUA